CGACGAGCAGAUCUGAUCGGGCGGGAUCCACGUGAUGCUGCCAGCGCUUCUCGAACCUUCGGGCAACCGUAGAGCAAUCUCCAACUUGACCGGCUGGUCCGGACGAGGACAUGCGGCUGAGUAAUCAAUCCCGCCGACCUUGAUGUCACUGAGUGCCUAUAAAUACAACUUGAACCGACCUCCAGCCGAGCAAUUCCAACUCCCCCAUCGCCAUCCUUGUCGAGUUACGGCUGGUUCUCAUCAUGGCAGCCAUGGCUUUCGUUCUGAGGCGUCCGUUUGCCGUUUCAUCGGCCAUCUCCCAAGUCCCGAAAUUCACAGCGCAGAAUACUGCUCGAUUCAUCCACAAUGCUCCCAAGCCCUCGGUAUCCUCAAAGCCUGUUGGACCCGUUUCGUCCAUCUUCGCAAAGUCCAGACAGACCUUCCACAAUGCUUUCCGCCGCACCUACAUGCAGCCGGCUUAUGAGCCCGUCCAAGGUGGUAACCUCACUCAAAAGCUCGUCUACGGUGCUGCCAUCGUGGGCGGAACUAUCUUGGCAACGAACUUGAUCUUUAACCGUGAGACGAGAGAAGAUGGCGGCAUGCCCGCUUACGAGCGAAGCUACUUGAAUCAGACAUUCCUGCACACUGGUCUUGGCGUUGGUAUCAUCGGUAUUGCUGCGAGAGCUAUGCACCUGAACGGAUGGUCGUACCGCCUGAUGUCUAUGAACCCUUGGGCUGUUGUCGGCCUUAGUCUCGUUGGAAGCAUGGCUACAAUGUUCGGAACUUUCUACACGCCACCAGAAAACUACAUGGUCAAGUACGGCCUUUGGACUGCCUUCAACAUCACACAGGCUGCGCUUCUGUCUCCCUUGAUGUUCCUGCACCCCGCUCUUCUCGCCCGUGCCGGUCUCUACACUGUUGGAAUGAUGGGAUCGAUCGCUUUCGUGGGUGCAACCGCGAAGCAGGAGAAAUACAUGUACCUUGGUGGUCCCCUCCUCGCAGGUGUCACGAUCGUUGCUCUCUCCGGUCUUGCUCCCCUCGUUCUUCCUAUGACUGCUACCCGAACUCUCAUGUGGUCUGAGCGCAUCUGGCUGUAUGGUGGUCUUGCCGUCUUCGGUGGCUUCACUCUCUACGAUGUCCAGAAGAUCCUCCACCACGCGCGUAUGGCUGAGCGUGGCUUGGUCAAGAGAGAUGUUGUCAAUGAGAGUGUCAGCCUAGAGUUGGAUUUCAUUAACAUCUUCGUUCGCAUGGUCCAGAUCAUGGCUCUGCGUGGCGGUAGGGAAAGGCGAUAGAUGGUCUACUACAUAUUUGCAAAGGCAAGGCGAAGGUUUUGUUACGGUUUAAAUGUUUCGAUAUGGGUGGGACUGGGACUGGAUAUUUCUUGUUACAACUAUGAUCUGUUCUGUCCAUAUAUAUUUAAUAUGGAGAUAGUCCAUUGACUAUAUCCUCCAACUCUUCAUUUGUGUUACUCAAGGUAAGAUAAAGUGCAUCGUAGAAAUGGACUAGGCAGCUGUAUUGCUAUUUCCCCUUCACUUGCGGCAAAAGAGGGACAUUCUUGGCAUUCUUCUUUCAUAGCAUGCAUGCAAUGAGGCUUAAUAUUAAUCAUAGUAAUAAAUGUUGUCUUCUAUGAAAUACUCUUUUGUGAGGAUAAAAGCCAAUAUAUUGUCACAGACUUUGGUUCGUUU